GCGCUCGUCGCUAGUAUCAAAGGUUCGGCCCGUGGGGAGUAGCAGUGACACAGACGCCUUAGACUUGGACAGAAUGAAGCAGGAGAUACUGGAGGAAGUUGUCCGUGAGUUGCACAAGGUGAAGGACGAGAUCAUCGAUGCCAUUAGACACGAAUUGAGUCGAAUCAGCACGACAUAAUGCCCUGGAUACACCUGCCCCACCUCUCUGAGACCCAC